CUCGUUGCCUCCUUUCUCGCUUUGACAUGCUAAGAUUCCUUCGCUCUGCAAUGGCUGCUAUGACUACCCCUCGCGUUCCUAUCCCCACUAAUGGGGUGGACUACCGUGGCAAAAUUGUCCUGGCCCCGAUGGUUCGGUCCGGAGAACUGCCAUCUCGUCUUCUUGCUCUGCAUUAUGGGGCUGAUCUGGUUUGGGGCCCCGAAACAAUCGAUCGCGCGCUCAUUGGCACGUCUCGUCGCGUAAACCCUCGAAAUGGGAUCAUCGAGUUCACCCGCGGUCAGGGAUCCAUCAUCUAUCGCAUCGAUCCGGUUCGCGAGAAAGGCAGACUAGUCUUCCAAAUUGGCACGGCGUCACCAGAACUCGCGGUGGAAGCGGCCAAAAUAAUUGCACCUGAUGUGUCUGGUAUUGACGUUAACUCAGGGUGCCCUAAGCCGUUCAGCACAAGUGGUGGUAUGGGGGCAGCUCUGCUGCGGACCCCUGAUAAGCUAGUCUCCAUCCUUAUAGCCCUGGUUGAUGAAGUUGGGAAGCCAUUCCAGAUUGGGAUCUCAGUCAAGAUUCGCAUUCUAGAGACCCCUGAAGAGACCAAGGCACUAGUGACACGACUGGUCAAAACUGGAAUCACAGGAUUAACAGUUCAUUGCCGUACAACGCCAAUGCGGCCUAGGGAACGAGCAAUUCGCGAUCAACUGAGGAUGGUUGCUGAUGUGUGUCAUGAAGCUGGGGUUGCUUGUGUCAUGAACGGUGACGUUACCUCGCGCAAUGAAGGGCUGGAGUUGAUGAAAGAGUAUGGUGCAGACGGGGCCAUGAUUGCGACAUCAGCAGAAGCCAAUUCUUCAUGUUUCCGCCCAGAAGGCAGUUUGCUUCCUUGGAAAGACGUCGUACAUGCUUAUUUGCGGACCUGUAUGGAGGUAGAGAACCGGCUCGGCAAUACGAAGUAUCUCUUAAACAUGCUCGUCCCAAGCAAGGAAUUUCAGCACUCAAAGUCCUCCAAGUCCUACUAUGAUUUUUGCCACGCACUCGAGUUUGAUGACCUCGUGCCUGCUGCCCUCCAGGUUGAUGAAAACAUGAACCUGACGCACAAGUCAGUCUUCAAGAAUAGUGCUCCCAUCCAGAAACAGGAGCCCGAAGAGGUCGAUCUUUCCUUGCCAUCACAGUCCGCACAGCAAGCGGUCGCGGCAUGAACAUGGCUUUCUUUUCUCUGCGGUAUAUACACGAAAUCAUGUUAUUUACGGUUCUUAUGUCGAUACGCAUAGACUAAUGAUUGGGUCUGGUUUGCAUUUUAUGGUGUCUGUCAUUGCUUUGGCUCGUUCUUCUUGUCCAUAUUCCUGGAAACAAUAACCAAAAAGUUACUCUAUUUAGCCGUACGGAGUAGUCUCAUGACUUUCGCGUACUAUCAAUAUAGACAAAGACAAGACCUCGAUGAGAACCAAAAAGAGUACCUCUUGUCAGU